AUAUAAAGGAUGAACAGGAGGAAAUCUCUGUCAAUCUUGAGAAAGAAAAGCUUCAAUUGAAGCAGGAGACUGAUCCCUUCACGGUAAAUACUACAUAUAAGGAAAGGGAAAACAGGAAACUAGAAGUAAACGGGGUCCAACUGCAUGUCCAGGUCUCUCCUAAAUUUGAGAACCAAAACCAGGACAACAAAAACCACGGAGACCCAGGAAGAAGUAAGUGGGGUCACAAAGUCAGAGUUUUAGGUCGAACCUUUUUGAUUAGACACGUGAGAUAUGCAGGUGAAAUGACUUUCUCUUGUUUGGCCUGUGGAAAAGGUUUCUCUCAUAGAGGACAUUUAUCACGACACUUAAGAAUUCACACAGGUGAGAAGCCUUUCUCAUGUUUGACUUGUGGAAAAGGUUACACCCACAGAAAAGAUUUAUCUGAUCACAUGAGAAUUCACACCAGCGAGAAGCCUUACUCAUGUGUGACCUGUGGAAAGUGUUUCAUCCUAACACGAUCACUUUUACAGCACAUGAGAACUCACACAGCCGAAAAGAUUUUCUCAUGUGUAAGCUGUGGGAAAGGUUUCUCCCAAAAAGGGUCUUUAUCAAAGCACUUAAAGAUUCACACGGGUGAGAAGCCUUUUUUAUGUGUGACCUGUGGAAAAGGUUUCUACCGAAAAGACGACAUUUCACAGCACAUGAGAACUCACACCGGUGAGAAGCCUUUCUCAUGUUUGAACUGUGGAAAAUGUUUCUCCAGAAGAGGAGAUUUUUCACAGCACAUGAGAACGCACACCGGUGAGAAGCCUUUCUCAUGUUUGAACUGUGGAAAAUGUUUCUCCCGUAGAGGACAUUUAACUCGACACAUGAGAAUUCACACAGGUGAGAAGCCUUUUUCAUGCUUGACCUGUGGACGAGGUUUCAGCAUUAGACAUAGUUUAUAUCGGCAUAUGAAAACUCACACAGGCUAGAAGCCUUUAACCCUUUUAUUAAUGGCAUUUUAAAGGUGUGAGUUUGAUUCUGGUGCUCAGCUAUCAGCUUCUUUUGUUAGCUUUCACUGCUAACAGCUAAGGACAUGUGCUUGCUGCUAAAUAAUAUUU